CUUUCUGCUGGCACAACUUCAGCUGUCAAGUGAAAAUCAUCAACAACAAAGCAAAUCAACAAUCCAACUUCGUAUGAUUCAGCACAGCAAUUUCUGAGCAUCUUUUCCUGUUUACUAUUAAUCUCCGCUCUGCAAGAAUCUCCCCGCACAAUGGCAUCCGCGUCGAGCAGCAGUGCAAAAAAUCUGUUCAGUGAUUCGAAGCGCCGACUAGCCGAGCGGGUGGCCGUGAACGUGAACAAUGCCUCCUCGGUAGCACGCCAAAUCGUGCGUGGAUCCAAAUCGAACGAAAUCCUAAUGCAAGCCGCCAAAAACUUUGCCUACCACGAGAGCACGGUAGACAAUAGCAUACAGAACCUCAAAAAGAUGGAAAUCAUUUUCCAACAUCUGAACUACCAGUACGAGGCCAUCGAGCAAGCGGCCGAAAAGCUGGAGUACGUUGAGGAGCAAGUGAAAGCGAUGGAAAGGUGAUAGAGUGUUAGUUAUCAGAGGUUUUUAUUUGCUUUAAGAGACCGAUUAGACUGUGUCCAACAGCAUUCUUUGUUAAAAAGUGUAAACAAGCUGUUGAUAAUCGCUUCAUGAGGUUAGUUUGCGAAGCCAAGCGCUCACCGUUAGGUUUGAUCACAUACUGAUAGCUUCCCUUUUCCGGUUUUGUUAAUAAUUGUGACCCGUAGCGCGACAUUUAACUAUAAAACAAGCUUUUUAGGGCAGUUCUGAGCAGCUUAUUAUCGGCUUUUAACGAGAAUGUUGUCUGAAAAUGGGAAACAGUCAAACGGGUGCUUGUCAAACUGACAGCGGGCGAAAAUAUGUCACCGGGCGAAUUCGCUGUCAGUCGGGGCGAAAUAGAGUGCGCCAAAAAUAAACAUUGCUAGCGUUUGUUUACACUCCCGUUGCGAUCAUUCCCGUUUCGCGCGCGCGUUGAACCCUACUGAAAUGUGUUAAUUUUACGCGUUUUUUUUACAAUAAAACUUAUUCGUAACGUUAAA